UUCCGGCCGAGAGGGUGGUGGCCCGCAGCCGUCAUGGCAGCCGAAGAGAAGGACCCGCUGAGCUACUUCGCGGCGUACGGGAGCAGCAGCAGCUCCGAGUCGUCGGGCGAGGAGAGCAGCGAGCCGGAGGACGGGGCUCGCAAGCAGGCGGCGCCGGCCCCCCCCGCGGCGGCGAAGGCGGCGGCGGGCGGCCGCGGGAAGCAGGCGGGGAAGCGGCUGCCGGGCCCCGACGAGCUGUUCCGCAGCGUGAGCCGGCCGGCCUUCCUCUACAACCCGCUCAACAAGCAGAUCGACUGGGAGCGGCACGUGGUGAAGGCGCCCGAGGAGCCUCCAAAGGAAUUCAAGAUCUGGAAGUCCAGCUACGUGCCACCCCCAGAGACCUACGCUACUGAGAAGAAACCGCCGCCGCCGGAGCUGGACAUGGCAAUAAAAUGGUCGAACAUCUAUGAGGACAAUGGUGACGAUGCCCCGCAGAGUGCCAAGAAAGCCCGGCUGCUGCCGGAAGGGGAGGAGACGGUAGAGUCGGAUGAUGACAAAGACGAGCGAGCAUCGAGAACGCGCAGGGUAGAGUCAGGAGAAACGGCCAAGAAGAAGAAGUAGACAGGGUGCGACAAGAACACCCGGGCUGCUGAGCCCUUGAGAUGUGGCGUUUAAGGAACUAACACGAUCGCCUCAAGACUUCCCACUAUAGAAUUCGUUUUUUAUUUAAAGCCUGUGUGUAUUCACAACUCUAAUGGUGAUCUGUGAUUGUGUACUGACAGUACUGGAAGCAUUCUGGCUAUCACAGAAUUGGUGACAGGAGUGGAGAGUUUUGUCACAUGGACAUGCCAGUGUUCUUUGAACCUUUUAUAAAGGAAUAUAUUUUUAAAGUAAAUAUAUUGUAAUGUACUGUGAACUUGUGGGUGCUUUUCUUUAGUGUCUGUACAGUGUAAAUAGAUGAUCAUGGAAAUAAAACUACUUAUUGCUAUUAUUGUAUGCCACUGACGAGUAUUUGACGAGCAGUCUGUUUGCCCUGUGACCUUUUAAUUCACAGUAGGGAUUAGCAUGUAGGGAGAGCCUCCCAUGUUUAGGUGCCUUGUACAUACUUCCAUAGAGUACACGUUCGUCUUCUGUUUUGUAAUGAAGAGAGCUUGAAGAACUGGACGGGGUUACACAGCCACUGAGUGAAGACAAGCAGACUAACUCAGGACUCUGACUCCAGAGCCAGAUGGAACGACCUGACUGCUCAUCAGACUUUAGUCGCUAUCCUCUCCUCCAUGUACACUUGUGCUGUAGGGGAGGUCUUUCCUGUCGUUAUUCAGCUGCACUUACAGUAUAUGCCUUACAGUGUGAUUACUUGUUCAUUCCCUCAUUAAAUAUACUGGCUAGGCUCUUCUGUGAAAGAUUACCAGAUUGAGCACAGAACAUCAGGUAUCCAAUUAAAUUUGAAUCUGAGUAUAUGUGAUAUGAGACACAUUAAAAAUUAAUCUGAAGUUCCAA